AUGGGUGUUUGUGUGGGAAAAGGGCUACCAGGAAACUGACUCUGUGGUCAGCUCAGUGACAACCAAGGCCAAAGGUGUGGCAGUGACCAACACUUCUGAACUUGGAUUCCGAAUUUGGGAUGUGGCGGACUAUGUGAUUCCAGCUCAGGAGGAAAACUCACUCUUCAUCAUGACCAACAUGAUCAUCACUGUGAACCAGACACAGAGCACAUGUGCAGAAAUUCCUGAUAAGACCACCAUUUGUGACUCAGACUCCAAUUGCACUAUGGGCUCCACAGGCACCCACAGCAAUGGAAUUGGGACUGGAAAAUGUGUUCCAUUCAAUGAGUCUGUGAAGACUUGUGAGGUGGCAGCAUGGUGCCCAGUGGAGAAUGAUGCUGAUGUGCCAACGCCAGCAUUUUUAAAGGCGGCGGAAAACUUUACCCUCUUGGUAAAGAACAACAUCUGGUACCCCAAGUUUAAUUUCAGCAAGAGGAAUAUCCUCCCCAAUAUCACCACUUCCUACCUCAAGUCGUGCAUUUAUGACGCUCGUACGGAUCCCUUCUGCCCCAUAUUCCGUCUCGGCAAAAUCGUGGAGGAUGCAGGGCACAGCUUCCAGGAUAUGGCAGUUGAGGGAGGCAUCAUGGGCAUCCAGGUCAAGUGGGACUGCAACCUUGACAGAGCCGCCUCCCUCUGCCUGCCCAGGUAUUCCUUCAGGCGCCUUGACACCCGGGACCUGGAGCACAACGUGUCUCCUGGCUACAACUUCAGGUUUGCCAAGUACUACAAGGACCUCACUGGUAACGAACAGCGCACACUCAUCAAGGCAUACGGCAUCCGCUUUGACAUCAUCGUGUUUGGGAAGGCUGGGAAGUUUGACAUCAUCCCUACCAUGAUCAACAUUGGCUCUGGCUUGGCACUACUGGGGGUGGCGACCGUACUAUGUGACGUCAUAGUCCUCUACUGCAUGAAGAAAAGAUAUUACUACCGGGACAAGAAAUACAAAUAUGUGGAGGACUACGAGCAGGGUCUUGCAGGUGAGAUGAGCCAGUGAUACAUGGCCCUGCACUUCCAGCCCACACAGCCCUCGUGGAAGCAGUGAGAAAGGAGCUGCUGUGUUGCUCUAGAGAAAGUUCCAGAGUCUAACUCUCAUCUCCUCCACUCCACACUCAGGGUUGCCCAGCAGGUCUUAUAUUGUUUUGGUUUUGUCGUUUUUUUUUUUGAGCCUGGAUCUUGCUCUGUAGCUCAGAUGGGCUUCAGACUCAAGACCUUCCUGCUCUGGUCCCCAGGAAUGCUAGGAUUGCAGAGGUACUCCACAACACCCAUCUCCUUGGGGAUCUUGGCUUUUUUUUUUUUUUUUUUUUUUAGUUUCGCUAUACAUAGCUCAGGCUGGCCUCAAACUCAAGACAUUCCUCUACCCUCUACAGCCUUUUAACCUUGCCUUUUGCAGGGGGUUCAUUUGCUCACUACACACAGUGGACUCCUGGUGUGGUGUUGACCGGGUCACCUGUUGUUUAUAUAGUGUGAACAUACUGAGGUAUACAACAGUCUGAAAACAGAGUCACUACUGUGGCUUGUGGGACUGCCAUCUUCUCCAGGGUCUCCAGGACUGGCUCCCUUGGAAGCCCCAGUCUCUAGACCCUUGGGACCAGCUCACUCCUUCCAGGCCCAGCAGCUGUCCAAGCACUUUAUAAAGGGAGUUCCCCAGGUGCUGUCAGCAGCAGGCCUGGGGCACUGUCCCUCUUCCCUGUAUCUAGAGACUUUGUCCCUUGUAACAAAGGCAGAGUUAGCUUUCCCUUUCAGAAGGGCUAUGUUGGAAUGACUGAGGACCAAUCAUUAAAAGAAAUGACUUUUUAAAACCC